AUGGCAACUGGCCUCGAUCCGUUCUUCAAGCUCGGCAGAGACACGUACCACAUAUUGCUCGACCCGAAAGCGAGCAGCUUGCCACCUGCCCUGAUCCCGAAACUUCGUCGAUUUGAAGGGGAGUUCAUACCUGUUACUGUCGUUGAGUGGACGCCCUCAAUCUUCACUCCGGCCGAUCUAAGAGCAACCUGCCGGUACUUCGCAAGCACUGACGACGUCUGGAGUACUGAUUUCCUGUCGCUCAUCGUUUUGUUGCAACCACCUACUGUGCGAGGCGGUGUCAAGAAAAAGCGGAUAUUUUCCAUUGACAAAUCUAGGAAUGACCUCGCGGAAGGCCCAUAUGUCGUCCUCAGAGCGACAGGUCAAAUAUUUCCUGUCUUCAGGCUUGUACCAGACCCGCAGCGGGCAUUCGUGAGUGGCAUCUAUCGAAGAUCCGCUUCUGGAACGACAUGGUGCGAACUUCCAGUAAGUGCACAUAAAACAGGCUCGAACGUCAAUAUCCAGCUGAUAUUGCAGAAAUCACCAGCAUUGGUAGCUAUACCUUCCAAGCUAUAUCACCGCCACAGCGACAACCCGUUGGCGGGCCUGAGAUUUGCAGUCAAAGACACAAUUGCCAUUAAAGGCUUAACGACCGGGUUCGGCAACCAAGCCUGGGCGGACACAUACCCUGUGGAAAGAACGACGGCCCCGGUCGUCAGGCUACUGCUCGAAGCGGGCGCUGUGCUAGUAGGGAAGCUCAAAACCACUGAGUUCGCCGAAGGUGUUGACCCGUGUGAGUGGACAGAUGAUGUCUGCCCUUUCAACCCUCGCGGCGACGGGCAGCAGAAACCGUCUUCCUCCAGCACUGGCAGCGCCGUAGCGGUUGCGUCAUACGACUGGCUCGACUUCGCGGUCGGCACGGACACAGGCGGCUCUAUCAGGCAUCCCGCCGGGGUGAACGGCGUGUUCGGACAGCGCCCUUCCUGUGGGUUGGUCAGUCUCGAGGGCGUCCUCGGUGCCACCGACCUAUUCAACACGGUCGGCAUCUUCGCCAGAGAGGUCGACAUCUUCGCCCGCGUCGGGUCAUUCCUAGUCAGUCGAGGAAAGCCUCCACCAUGCGUGGCCGAAAAGCGCAGAUACAACCUCCUCUAUCCUACUCGAGCUGCACAAACGGACAACCCGGAUCCUCAUCACCACGGGCAACACCGAUGGUUCCCGCACCCGUCCGUCGACCCAAAGUACUGGUCCGAAGCGGAGAAGCAGAUCGACGCCACAUUACGAAAGUUCGAAACUCACUUUGACUGCGAACGCAUCCCCUUCAACAUCAACGACCUUUGGAGGGCGACCCCGCCAGUCGGGCAGUCAAGGUCGCUCGACGAAGCUGUCGGCCCCAUCUAUUCGGCCAUCACCACGGCGUCGGCGGUGGCAUGCGGCCUGGGCCAAUUCAUCACCGCAUAUCAGGCCAAACACGGCAAGCCGCCCGAGAUGUCAGACCUCGUCCGCCGGCGACUGGACCACGGCCGGAACGUAGCCGCAGAGGAAAUCGCCAACGCCCUGCAAGCCAUGCAGGCCUUCAAGCUGUGGGUUGAGACCACACUCUUCGGAUCCUACGACCAGGACGCGACCACACUGCUGAUCUUCCCGCAAUCGUGUGGGCGGCCGGAUUAUCGCGACGACGUGCCCGACCGCAGCGAGCUCUUCAACGACACCUUCAGCCUCUAUUCGUUCGGCUACCUGGUCGGGUGUCCAGACUAUACCAUCCCCGUGGCGGAGACGGCGUACGUCUCCAGAAUUACGGGGCGGGCAGAGUACCUCCCCGUGUCAAUCAGUCUUGUUGGCCGGCCUGGAUCGGACCUUGAGCUGUUCAAUGUGGUGCGCCAAAUGCGUGACACGGGGAUGAUAUCCGAUGUCGCCACAGGGGCGCGGAUGUAUCCCGAGCGACGGAUCGAGGGCGUUGCCGUUAGCACAGAAAGUCGUCCGCAGACAUGA